CACAACAUAUGUUUCGUGUUAUCGAUAGGCGGCCAGCCAGCACGUGCAUUUGUUGUCUUUUUGAAUUGUUUUGCAUUUUGGGUUCAAGCAGCCUUUUUCCCACGAAAUGAGUGAAGCCGCCGUCGAGACACAGUCCCCAAAGACGCAGAAGAAGGCCAAGAAGCCAGCAAAGCCGGAGGCCGCUAUUCCACGUGGACAGCCCAAGUCAAAUCGGCCCUGGAAGACGCCCAAACAGAAAUUUAGCAAGAUCAAAAAGACGGUCAACCGGCUGUCGUUCGAGAAGAAGACUGCUCUGCGCGAUGAGCUGCGCUACAUCAAGGAGAAGUCAAAGGAGAUCAAGGUGCAGCGCAAGGAGGCGGCCGUGCAGAAGCACCAGCGCCGCGUUGAGAAUGCAGAGCGCCGUCUGGCCAACGAGCGACGGUCGGAGGUUGUACAGGUCAUCAAGAAUCCCGCCAAGCUCAAGCGCAUGAAGAAAAAGCAGAUGCGUAUGAUUGAGAAGCGCGAUAUCAGCCAGGUGAAGGUGGUUUGAUCCGAGACCCUCUAGACUUAACUUGUAUUUUUUUGAGCUAAAUAAAUCUAGUUUUAAUACAGACACGGCGCUGCCUCCGGUCAAAUAACAAA